UUUAAAAUCAAAAAUUUUACAGUAGUCCGAAGAUUAUACCAAAUAAUCGAUUGUUAAAAUACUGCCGGUAAUCAUCGAUAGUUAUAGCGCUGAUUCUAAUCUUCUGCUUUUUAAUCUUGCACUUUAGAACGAUUGAAAAAAAGUUUUCCUGUACACAGUUUCUAGUCCCUGGAAUCUUGUCAAUAUUCCAUUCAAAAUCAUGAAGGCUGUUUGCGUAUUAGUUGGUGAAAAAGUUAAAGGAACUAUUCAUUUCACCCAAGAAGAUGGGGAUGGCCCAGUUACUGUUACAGGAGAAAUAGAAAAUUUGUCUGAAGGUUUGCAUGGCUUUCACAUUCAUGAAUUUGGAGAUAAUACAAAUGGUUGCAUAAGUGCUGGUGCACACUUUAAUCCUCAUGGUAAAGAGCAUGGAGCCCCUAAUGACGACGAGAGACAUGUUGGUGAUCUUGGAAAUGUGGAAGUUGGUAGCAAUGGAAUUGCCAAAGUUAAUAUUACUGAUAGUCUAAUUUCUCUCACUGGACCCCUUUCUAUCAUUGGACGUUCUGCUGUGGUUCAUGCUGAUCCAGAUGACUUGGGAAAAGGUGGUCAUGAAUUAAGCAAAACUACUGGCAAUGCUGGUGGUAGAUUAGCUUGUGGUGUCAUUGGAGUUUCAAAGUGAUUAGAGAGAUUGAAGUCAUUCCUUCAGUUAACAAUUACAGCUAUGAAAUUAUAAAAUAUUAUACUUGUUAUGUAAUAUGGUUGUAAAAACAUUAAACUAUUUUCAUCCUUA